CCCUAUAGGUCUUCCGCUCCGUGGUUCUAGUUAAUAGUUUCGCCCGUUUGGUGUGCGGGUGUAGUUAGGUGGGGCUACGGUUGUUUCUGCUCGUACACGGUUGGAUGCGAGAGCGCGUUUCACCAUACUCCGCACUGCUGUGAUACCAGCGUACACCUCGGUUUGGUAAUGGCAGAUGGGCUAAGAUCAGAAAAUGAAGUGAGAGGCUCUGGAAACAAAAAGCUCACGAAGUCAAAGUCUGGCCUGCGCAUAAUACCCAUUAACAACACUGAAAGAAGUCCGUUUGAGUUGAAAGAACCAACAUGGUCUCCAGACAAGGAGACCUCCGAGUGCUCCAACAGCAAGUGCGGCCUCAAGUUCGACUUCCUGAAGCGGCGCCACCACUGUCGCCGGUGCGGUCAGAUCUUCUGCGGCCAGUGCUGCCAGGCGCGCGUGAUGCUGCCCCGCAUGUGCUUCGUGGACCCAGUCCGCCAGUGCUUCCGCUGCUCGGACGUCACCACAGCGGAGAACGACUUCUUCAACAGCAGUCUGAAGCUGCUGACGCAGGGCGCCCAGUUUGACGUGACCAGCGGAGAGCAGACAGUGCUGUGCCUGGCCACGGUCAGCGCCGACCACCGCUUCCUGCGGUUCGAGCCGAGCUGCGGCGACCCGGUGCCGGAGCGGGUGGAGGUGUCGCGCAUUGUGACCGCCCAGGUGACCCAGUCGACCAUCGAGUACGACUGCUCGGACGAUGGUGACGUGCCCGGCCAGACGCUGCCCGAGUCUGUGUCGGUGACGUACCGGGCAGCGGGCUCGGUGGAGCAGCGAAUGGUCCGACUCACCGCCGGGCCGCACGUCAACGACUGGCGCCAGUCGGCCAACUGGAUUGUCGCCCUGCAGAGGGCGCUGCGGCUGGUGUACGAGGGCCGCGAGCCGAGUCAGCACUAGCCGGCGGGCGGCGGGACCAGCUGCGGCGGCGACACGGACGCGGGGGCUCCGGGCGGCCGCGUCGGCCCCCGACGGGAACGGCCUGUUGGGUCACCAGCUGGCUCACCUCCCACCGCGCGCGCGCGUGCGGCCGUCGGAGGCGCUGGAAGGCUGGAGUCACAAUACUGAUACUGGAGUCGCGAUUCUUCCCCGCUCUGAGGUGUGAUGGGCAUCACCAGACCCGUCGUCGGUCUCAGGGUUGGGAGGAUCGGCUGCACCGGCAUGAUAUUGGCGUGUGCUGCACCUGCCCGCUAACCGGCUCUGGACACGGAUCGAGUCGCCGCUCUUUCCGUCCGGUGUCGGCGCCAGUGUGUAACUCUUCCAGUACAACAGCGGCCGUCGUCGGGGCCGCGGGGCUGCGCCCGCCUGCCGUGCUCGGCAGGCGGGGCGCGAGUGACCCCGUUUGAUAAGGUGUGUACGUGCGUCGCUGUAAGCUCUGGAGACGCCUUGUCUCGUCGCCUCUCGCAAGAGGAGCGGCUCAUGAAAGCUAGUUGUUUUCCUUUAGAGAUGAGCAUCCGCGUGUGUAGCCGCACGGACUCCUCUGCGUGUUCGCGUGAGUCCGAACGUCUGCACGUGUAGCCGCGCGGACUCUACUGCGUUUGUCCGCGUGUGUGGCCGCAUGGACCCCACUGCUUCUGUCCGCGUGGGUCCGAACGCACGGUCCAGUCGGCGUGGCGCCUUUCGCUGACGUCCCGGACUGGAGCUCGCCGUGCCGUGACUCGAUUCGCCGUGCCAUCCGGGAUGGUCUGUCGCUGAUCCCUUACAAGUGUGGCGAGCCCGCUGUUACCGAGUGGGCCGUCGGCGCUGUGCCGCCGCCCCGCGCCUGCGGGCAGGGGCGACCUCUGCGACUCUGCGG